UCAUGGGUAAACUGCAAACCUAAGAAAUGAAUUUUAGAGCAAAUAUUCGAGAAAAGAAAAAGGUGAAGAAUGUGGCAUUCCAAGCUGAAGCUUCCCAUGGCAUCUCACAAGGCCAAACAUUUCAUGAGUGUGACAUUGAUGUUGAAGAAUCCUUAGCAAUUAUGUCAAAUAACCUCGAAAGCCUGCGUCAAAAAAUUGAAAAUAGAGAAAAUUCCUCUCAAUCAGGUAAGUCUGUUAACCCUAACAAAUUUAAAAAGUUUUCUAAUAAUGGUUAUUUUGGUGAUGCAAAGUCUAGGAGAAAGCAAUGUCGAGAGUGUGGGGGUUUUGGACAUACUCAGGCCGAGUGUGCGACCACUUUGAAGAAAAACAAGAUGUCACUCACCACUGUUUGGAGUGAUAAAGAGGACAGUGAUGAGGAUGAGAACAACAAAGGAGAUCAAACCACUAACUUUAUGGCAUUCAGUGGUACUACUUCGAUGAGCAGAACCGAGGGAACUGUUGAAACAGUCUGUCCGACAGAUUUCAGGUAUGAUGAAUUAUCUUUAAAUAAGGACAAUAGUCUGACUUCACCAUUUAAUUUUGCAGGUGAAUCUGAGAGCAGUAGUGAUGAUGAAGAGCCAACCCUCGAAGAGGUGAAAGAUGUAUAUGAAAAAAUGUACCGGAAGUGGCUUGAAGUAUCUGAGGUAAAUAAGCGCCUUGAAAAUGAUAAGCAUGUUCUCAUAGAGGAAAAUAAAGUGUUGAAGGUAAGAAUUUCUACUCUUGAACAAAAUGUUAUUUCUUAUAGUAGAAAAAUAGAUAGCUUGAAGGCUAAAUUUGCUCAAACCCAAGAUGUUAUUUCUAAGUUUAAUACUAGUAGAGUAACUUUGAAUGAAAUUUUGAACAAAAAUCAGCCGAACUACUGUCGUAUAGGUAUAGGGGGUAACCAUCUAUCUACUGGUGCAUCGAAACAGAAAGAAAAUCCUAAAAGAAAAAUCAAUUUUGUUAAGCAAUCCACUGUUUCACAGACUGUUGCGAAAAUCGCUGGGAAUUUAUGUUGCUUAAUCUGA